ACCCAACGCCGCAUCCCCUUCCACCCGCAGAUAACGCGCACGCCCGCACCACACCCGCCGCGAUUCCCUAACGGCCGCGGAUCACGCGCUGCCCCCGCCGCCACGAUUCCCCUCCCCCUCACGCCCGCCCCCCACGUCGAGAUUCCCCAACUGCCCACGGAUCACGCGCACAAACCGCCCCAUCCGCGAGCCGAAGCAAACCCUAGCGCUGUUGGAGUAGUAGCCUACGACCGAUGGCUGCGACGGCGAUCCUGCCGGGGCUGGGGACGCAAGUGCUUAUCCGGACCGUCCAUCCUAUGUACCCUACCCCCGCGUGCGUCGCCCCCAGAUCCCCUGGUCGUCUGGCGGCGCGCGGAGGCCCCGGGGCGAGAGUUGACGGCGUCGGCGACCUCCUGCCACUGCGGCCGGCGGAGGCUCCCACGGUUGAGGUCGAGGUAGCGCGAGCCCCAGGCGUCGACGAGCGCGGCCGUCUCGCCCUUGCUCCAGCAGUCCUCCCGGUACGGCAGGUUCGGGUUCGGCGGCAACUUCCCGUCCUUCGCUCCUCCUCCCAGAUCUCUCCGCGUCACGACGACGCGGCAGAGAAAGCCAGGAACUCCAAAGGUGAAAGGUCCGAGUUCGGGUUCGGAAGCCAACCCACACCAUGAAUAUGUUCGCAAGGUCUAUGGUGAAUUUACUGCUCUCUGUAUAUCAAUCUUGGUUAGAAUGGGUUAUUACUGAUAAGAAUCAUGUGGUUCUUGUUUUUGUCUCAGUUCAGCACGCGACGCAACUAUCCUCUAGAGAGAGAGAGGAAGCCCGUCGUUCUGGAAGUUUCCACGCUCCGCGCCUCCGCCCCCUGGUCUCCGCUCCAAUGGUGCCCUCACUCCUCGCCGCCAUGUCCACCUCGCCCUUCCUAGCCAGCAGCGGCAGCAGCCGCAGGCCGCUAGGCGCUGCCCACACCCGACGGGCUGGACUGCGCGUGGCCGCGCUUAAGUACGACCCUGCCAAGGUGGCGCCGCAGAACGACCGGGUUCUCGUCCGUCUUGAGCAGAUCCCUGAGAAAUCUGCUGGCGGUGUAUUGCUACCAAAAUCUGCUGUUAAGUUUGAGAGAUAUCUGAUGGGUGAGAUUCUAUCGAUCGGUGCUGAAGUCAGUGAAGUUGAGGCUGGGAAGAAGGUUCUCUUCUCAGACAUCAAUGCUUAUGAGGUGGAGCUUGGUACUGAUGACGAGAAGCACUGCUUCUGCCGUGAGUCAGACUUGUUAGCUGUAGUUGAAUGAAUUUUACCAUGAAAAUUUCGGACUUACCUGGGAAUGCUCCAACGGCAUGAACUUAUCUUGCCCCCACUUUGUUGUAUGCCAUUUGAACGUUCGUUAAUUCAGCUUCUAGAUGAUUGUUAGUUACCGUUGAUUUUUGGUCGCCAUAAACUGGAAUUAUGUUAAUGCCCAUUUUCUUUACAGAGGCUCUUGCUCACGUUUGGAAUACGAAACUGUGCUGAACCGAACUUGAAAUGUUUA